AGUUGGCUGUGCUCACGUCAAAAAUGUCGAAUUUUGCGCAACUCGCAGUAAGGUGUUUCCUUCUGUGUUCGGCGCUAAAUUUAAAAAAUGUUGCUGAAGGGUGGAAAGGAGACCCCCGAAUUCAUAACUGUUUCUGGAACUGGAAAAUCAUGGAGCGCAAUCCUUUUCCAACAGAUUACGCGGUUCACCUUAGUCCCAGAUGGAACGAUUAUCAGGAACGUUUAAAUUUUCCUGACAUGCCUUUUAUAAAUUACAGUUAUAAUUGGGAGAUGGAACAAAUUGACGGCAAUACCGUGCACAAAGUUGACGUUUCUGAAUGGAUAGACUUAUUACACAAUGCCAGGAUGAUCAUUCCGGCUUUUGCGCUCCGGCCCGGAAAAUACCAAAUCUACCCCAACAUCAAACCCCUAACCCCCGAUGUUCCGAAGGCAAUAAUAAAAUUUUGCCCUAUCUUGUAUUAUUCGAAAAAGCCGACGAUUCUGUUCGCGGGCGGCGCCCACCAGAUAGUGCCUCCCCAAAGUGAGCUCAUCGUCAGCGCUGAAUCCUCCUUUGACACGAAUCUGCGCAAGCGGAGCUACAAAGACCUCGCUUUCGAGUGGAGUUGCAAGCAGAAAAAAUCGUCAUUUUGCAAACAUUUGUCCGUUUCGACCGACAACCGCCUGGUGAUCCCCGCCGCCCACGUGCUGGACGGAGAUGUGAUCCAGGUCUCCGUGAAGGCCACAACAAAAGACUCCGGCAAAGGCGACAUCAUCAGCUCCAUCACCUCCAUAAAAAUUAUCGAAGUUCAGCUGAAUUCGGUCACUUUGGAGCUGGCCUGCGAGAAGAACUGCGUGCCAAAAUCGUACGCGGCCAAUUUUCGCGCCAUGACCUUUUUCCGCGUCACGUGUCUGCAGAACUGCGAACAGGUCAAAGAGGACGACUACCUGUGGACCAUCGAGAGGAAGGACAAAAAGCCGCUGGAUUUUGACUACGAAAAGAGCACGCAAUUCGGGCGAAACGUGUCCAAGUUUGUGAUCGAGGCGAGCGCCCUCAGAAAGGGCGACUACCUGGUGACGGUGCGGCUCAGAGAGUCGCACCCUUUGAAGGGCUACUCGCAGGGCGAGCUCAGCUUCGCGGGCAUGCCCCGCAUCAGCAACUGCCAGAUCUCGCCCCCCAAGGGCCUCACGCACCACUUCUUCAAGGUGUCCUGCAUCCAGACCAACAUCUACGAGAACAACGUCUACGAGCUGUACGCCGUGAAAAAGCCCAACACGGGGAAGCUGGCCGACGCCGAUUUGGUGGUUUCGGGGACGUAUCCGCUAGUUAACCACGAGGAGUUCCAGCUGCCCGACUCGGACACCUACGAGUAUAUUUUGAAAAUUAAGAGUUUGGGAGGGGCAACGCAGCAGUUUAAGCUCAAAGCCACCAUCACGUCCGAAAUGAAGAAAUACAACGAUUACAAUUUUAAAAUGGCACUCACGUAUCGCUAUGCGAAACUUGGCCACAAUGAAGUUCGCAAGAAUAUUUUGGCCGAGAACGCCGACAAGAGAAAACGAGGGCUGCAUGUGCUGAAGGCGGUGAUUGACGAUAUCGUCGAUAGAAAAUUUAAAAGUCCAGGUCUUAAGGAGUUUCUCACAAAGUUGAAGUUUAAUGUGGUGGAGGAUAUGUUGGCGGCGCCGCUGGACGACCUCGAUCAAGUGCUUCAAAUGAGCAAUGCAGUUUCAAAGCUGGUAAGUGACGACGCUGCGCCCGAAAGUGAUCCACUGUUCUCGAAAUUCACGACAACAUUUUGCAAAAAAAUGAUGGACAAACACCUGGAGAUGGUCCAGAACAAUGACUAUCCUCUCGAUCUCGUCGAUAAAGUCAGCAGAAUGUCAAGUUCUAUAACGACUUGUUUGGAAACGAACACAAAUCCAAAUUACAAGGCGAUCAAGCCCUUGGACGAUAUAAACAUAACCACGGAGGCUGCAGUCAUCGACGAGCCAAUCCUCACGGAAAACUAUGAAAAUUACGUCGACUUCGGUGACGAUUAUUACAAGAACUUGGAUUACUUGAAAGAAUCAACCUACAAUAUUAUCAAUGCGUCGGCUCAGGCGGCCAAGACCAUGGCGUUUGUGGCUGUGGCCGGCGAAAAAUUCAGCGAAACCGAAGGCUUGAAAAGUAAGACAGUCGCGGCGAAGGAUUUUGGUUACGAAUUGGUUAAAGUUCAAGUGAAAUCGCACGGAGUUACAGUCGUUCCGUCUCCAGACUUCAAGGACGACAAACAUUCUUAUGACAUUUUGCUCACCAGCUGGUGGAAGGACAUCAUGUGGUGGAACCCGGCGAAGACCAGAGUCUCCACUGAGAUCGCCAGCGUGCAAUUCUGGCACUCCUCGUGCAAGCAACGCGUGACAAAGUUCGAAAAACCGGCCGACAUCUACUUCCAAGUGAAAAACGGUACCAGAUUUAAGCCGAAACUGCUGGAGGACACGUUUGUGGUACCGGCUGGGUACCACGGCCUGACUGGUGAGCCUUUGGACCGCAGUGUGAAGGUCCGAAGGAUUGCCCUACCGCCCUUUCAAGCAAUAGACGUCCAGUUUGCUGUUUCGGACGUUUUCGAUGUCGUGUUUACCAAAUUUGAGUUCCCGACUUCUGAACACUUUGCUAAUGCCACCACAAUCAAGCCUGGAGGCGCCACAAGUUUGAGAUUUGUCAAUGACCGAAAGUACGCCAUUUGGGGCUAUGUGGGGGUUCUAGCCAGCAAGAAAGUGGGCUCUGAGGGAAGCCUCGCUUAUAAUAGUAGUUACGUGGUGGCAACGUGCCUUCGAUGGAUCGAUAAGAACAAUUCGUGGGUUUUUGCCUGUAGGUCAGGGAAACACGGUAAUAGCAGUGUUGUUCAUUGCGAAUGCAACGAGUUUUCCGUACUCGCGGGGUACUUGCGAGAUUACCGCUCCGACUUGCAAAAAGUCGAAGACGCGGAACUGGAACUGGUGCUUAAAAGUACCCUUACUAUUUUUAUAACUGUCGUAGUUACAUUUGGGCUUUAUUUAUUUCUCAUGUUAUUUGCAUUGAUCGGGAAGAAGUACCAAGUGUAUUUUUUGCCCGACAAUGACCGAAAAAGCCGGUUUGCGUAUCUUGUUGUUAUUAAAACUGGGAUUGGACGAUAUGCUUCUACCUCUUCCAACGUGACCGUUCGUCUAGUUGGUACCAAAAUGGCCAGCAUGCCCCAUGUUUUGAACUACCCUGACCCCAAAAUGCGCAUCUUGCAACGAAACAACCGCGAAGUGUUUGUGUUAGCCACAAGCGCCCAUUUGGGCGACAUCACCAAAAUCGAGAUUUGGUUCGACUGCACUGGACCGAACCCUGACUGGUACUGCCGUUUCAUCAUAGUUUACGACGUCCAAACGACACAGCAGUGGUACUUUAAUGUGAGAAAGCGGCUGGCUGUCACGAAGGGCGAAAGCUACAUCUCGUUAACCCCCACACCGAGCGGACAGGAAGCUCCAAAGAGGAAAUACGUACCGAAGUUUCGGAUCGCCAACCACAGCUGGAACCUGUGCCAAAGCGAGCUGAACUUCGGAUACGCGAAAAAACUAACUGCUAUUUUCUCCUCGGUGUUUAUGACCUACCUCAGCGCCCUUCUCCUCCACGGAACACCAAGUCUUGCCCUAAAGGACGGUCUCGACAAUUGCGAGUUUGAAGUCGAUUCCUUCACAGUCCUGGUGGGUUUGUUGAGCGCGCUUGUGGCCUUUACGUGCCAUAUUGCGAUCGCGUACUGCUUCAGGUUUUCAAAAGUGCAGUUUUCGCGAGAUAAAGACUACGCCAAGUUAUCGUUUCAUGUAACUAUAAUUUGUUGGUUGCUCCUCAUUGUUGUGAUGAGUGUCUCCAUUUCUGCAUUGGUGAUUAUGGGCUUUUGGGUGCCACCCAAUCACAGCUUGCGAUGGUUGACUUCCAGUGGUAUCGGUGUUGCUGCUGGUGCCAUUGUUUACGAAACACUUUUCUUGUUCUUCCUCAGUAUUUUGUGGAAUUUGAGGCUUGAAAAGGGAGAUAUAAUCGAGUGGGGUUUCAAAGACAUUUGGAAAAAUGUUGAGUACCAGAGGGGGUUCCUGCAUCGGAAAUUUGGUGAUUUUAUUUUGAGGCCGUACUUCCUGCACUUGUACCAACCACUGGACCCUAAACGAAUUACUCAAAAACAGGUGGUUGUGGAGCGCCGCCGCAACGUCAUAUCCGAAUUAGAAGACUUGGUCAUGUUUGGAAUCUACGUUGUGAUUUUGUACGUUGUGGUGUGGUCGAACAAGGACCGACUCAUCAUCGGUAGCAAGGAAACGAUGCAGGACCUAAUGGCCGGCAAUCACACCCGCACUUUGGCAUUUAGGAACGCUGGAACCCCUUUAGCUUUUUACGACUUUCUGAACGAAACUUUAGUACCAGUGAUACAACCAACACGGUGGUAUGGCAACUACGUGGUCGCUGAGCCGGGCUUAAUGCUUGACAUGAACAACAAAAUUAUUGGAAUUGCCCGUUUGCGCCAACAUCGACUCAAAAAGGAACUCUGUGAUCCACCCGAAAUUUUGGCUUUUUUGAAUUUGACGUGCGAGCCGGAAAUUACGUGGUGGCGCCAGGAGCACAGGCCAUAUGGCUAUGGUUGGGGCAAUUUCAGCAGUUAUUUCGUAUUCGAUCGGCUGCAGCAGAUUUGGCGCUAUUCGGGGGCUAUCAAUACUGGCACCUUUCCAUCAAUUGGUGAAAUAUCGUCGUACACGGGCGGCGGCUACGUGGGCUACCUGGGCCGCACCCUGUACAACACCUACGCCAACUUCCGGCGCUUUUUCCAAAAAGUCUGGAUCGACCACGGCAGUCGUUGCAUUUUCAUCGAAUUUCUCACUUACAACACCAACUACAACGUCUUCAACGCCAUUAGAUUGAUGUACGAGCACAGUGCCAGCGGCUACAGUGUGAACACAGUCGAAGUGAACGCCGUUCGCAUGCUCUUCGUCAAUAGGGAGCUGGAGAGCAUCACCGUGAUCGUGUUCUUCAUGUUCGUCGCCUGGGUUGGGGUGCUUUUCUUCAAGCAGUCGGUCGGCGUGAUUCGCAAAGGGAAAAGCUUUUACAAAGACGUGUGGUUUAUGGUCGACUGCGUCAUAAUACUGAUGAGUGUGGCUUGCACUGUGCUGUUCGUGGUGCGGAUGAAGAUGAUCGGGCGGUAUCUCGAUCACCUGGACAAGCUGAAGCACAACGAGUUCUCCAAUUACUUUUUCCUGUUUUAUUUGGAGGACUUUUUGCAAGUGUUCGCCGCCAGUUUGGUGUGCAUCGCCACCGUGCGGUUGUGGAAGUUCCUCCGGUUUGGGCUCUUCUUCCGCAUGAUGGAGUGCACCAUCUGGAAGAGUCUGGGACCGCUGCUCAGUUUCUCGGUCGCUUUCAUUUGCCUGCUGUCCGCCUUUGCCCUGCCUCUGGUGCUGCUCCGCGGCUCCGAAAUCCCCAUACUGAACAGAAUAAUCACGGUGGUGCGCCCGAUGUUCAUCAUGGCGCUGAGUGCCGGGGAGUUUCCGUUGAAGGAGUUCAUUCGGAACAGAAGUUCGGCGUUUUACAUCGUCUUGUACGGGCUUAUCGUGAAGAUCGUCUUCCUGAUCUAUAUCAUGAUCAUCAUGAUGGCCUACUCCACGGUCCAGAUGGAGUUUUCCAACGAACUUGAAGUUUACACUAUCAAGAACUACGUCCAAGAGCGCUUCAACUACUUCCCCAAGUACCUCAAGUACAAGUACAAGAGGCUGAGGUCGGGCCAAACCGCGCACAGGCAAGUGGAGCCAAAGCCGGACAAGUUCCUGUACGACAACAGUUUCUCGGUGGUGACGUCCAGGAUGAUGACGAUGAAGUACAUCGUCCGGUGCGUUUUUCGCAACAUGGUGAGGCGGGAGAGCGCGGGACUGGCCGACGGGGACGUGAGACUGAUGCUGGGAGUGAGUCGGCGGUUUUUGGUGAAGGCGCCGCCCAAAGAAGUGGAGGUGUUCUUCAAAGGGAGGGUUUCGGGGAAGAAGAUUUCGCUGAUUGACGAACGCAAAGUGGGGAAGAUUGCGAGUGUGGUGAGCGCGUUGCUGGCACAGAGAGGCCCCGAGGAGGCAGUGAGGGAGGAAGAAGGAGAAGUUAAGGCAAGUCGAAGCUACGAAGAGUGCGUUUCGAUGAUUAGGAGAAAUCGAGACACUUUGGGGAAGUGUGACUUGGAGCUGAAGCUGUUGUAUGAGAAGUUUGCCAGUUUUGAGUUAGAGCUGACAAGUGUGUUGAAAUAAAGUCGUUUAAGUUAAAAGUU